CCAGCGCAGUAGGUCGUCAGAAGGGGUCGACAUUUUGUUAGCCUCUUAGCAAAAUAAACUGUGGAGGGCAGGUCUUUUGGGGCAACUUGGUGUUGUCAAAGUAGCUCUCUGUCGCCUGGCAGAUAAAGGCUUUAAUCAUGUGGUAUGAAAUUCUGCCCGGCUUCGCCAUCAUGACGGCGUGUCUGAUCAUUCCUGGCGUCGCCACCGCUCAGAUACACAAGUUCACCAACGGAGGGAAGGAGAAGAGAAUUGCUCGGUAUCCGUGGCAGUGGUAUCUGAUGGAGAGAGACAAGCGACUGUCAGGGAAAGGACAACACUUUGUCUCCAAGGGACUGGAGAACAUCCACUGAUUAGGAUCAGUUUGAAGACCCUGGCAAAAAGUUCUUGAGUUGUACAUCAGAAGAUUAUAUUUCACAUUCAACUGUUUGUUUUUGCAGAUGUUAUCCCUGUCGUCAAAUAAACUGUUCCAUACUGGAAA